AUGCGGCCGGACGGGCUGGUCGUCGUCGGUGUGGCGGCCGUCGUCGUGCCCUGCUGCGACCUCUUCACCGUCGCCUGCGUCCAGCGCCUCGUCACCCUGCUGCGCAUCCUGGAGCGUCGCGUCGAGCGCCUCGGAAUCGCGGGCAGCGUGCCGCGCCACACCCCCGCCACGGGACGCGCCGUCGCCGGCGCCGACCCCCUGCACCGGGCGCUGCGUGACUGCGUCUCGCUCCACCAGCGCAUCAUCAGCGAGGCGGAGUGCCUGAACCAGGCCGUCGGCGGGGCGCUGCUGCCGCAGGUCGUCGCGUCGGCGGCAGGCAUCUGUUUCCUGCUCUUCCAGGUGGCCAAGAAAACCUCGUUCCAUGUGGUGGAGACAGGCAAGCUGCUAGGCUACCUGACGUUCAUGCUCUCGCAGCUGCUCUUCUACUGCUGGUUCGGUGACGACAUGCUUUCCAUGAGCGAGCGCGUCGCGCUGGCGGCCUACCGCUGCGCCUGGCCGGGCGCGCCACCGGACUUCCAGCGCUCGCUGCUCCUCGUCUCCAUGCGGGCACGGAAGCCGCUCACGCUGCGCGCCGGCAAGUUCUUCGUCUUCUCCAGACAGGCCUUUGUCCAGGUGAUGAACGCAUCCUAUUCAUACUUCACUGUGUUGCGCAGCCUCUCGGAGGCUUGAGUGGCUGCCUAGCACCGGUCACAACCACGGCUCCCAGCCCAUCACCAACAACACGACCUCGCUGCGCUUCACCCCUGUCUGCUGCUGUCUCACCUGAGAACACGCCACAAACACUUCACAAGCAAAGACUCAGAUAUUACUAACGGAUUUACUACUCUAACCGUGCGAUAUUUCCACAAUUUUCCCACCAAAAUGUGUUCUCAAGGUGAACAGAUGCCUCAAGCAGGACUGUUUAACUUACAAAGAUUUCUCAUGUAUGUUUCAUUACCCUUUCGCCGUAUUACGAUUUCUGUUAUCGUCGUACGCAACUUCACGUAACUGAAAAAUAUUUCGCUUCAAGUGAUGAAAUACAACUGCUACAAGUCAAAGGAUCAAAGAGAAGUGUUCCAUUCGUUAUGGUUUUGGAAACUGUAGAUGUCAGUGGAAAAUAAAAUUAUGAAAUUAUA